UCUCUGUCUCACUAUACGCGCACCUCACCACCCCACCCCAUUCCUCUCAUUUUCAGUUACCUUUUUAACAGAGAGACAAAACAAUCAAAACAGAAAAAACAGAGCGGGAGAGAGAGAUUUACUUCUUUUUUCUCACUCUUUCUUCAAAUUGACCGGAGGGGGGCGGAGGGAAUCAGUGAUCAUCUAUCACCAGCAUUUCCUUUUGCCACCUUGAAGUGAAGAAGAUGGAUGGAAUAGUAAUAUCACAGCAGAAGAAGCAUGAUGAUAAUAAUGAUAAUGAUAAUAAUAACAACAACAAUGAAAGAAUGGAAGGUUGGUUAUAUCUAAUCCGGUCGAACCGGAUCGGAUUACAGUACUCAAGGAAACGCUAUUUUGUUCUUCAACAUCAUCUCCUCCAGAGCUUCAAGUCUGUUCCUCUUUCUAAGAACCAGGAUCCUGUGAGAAGCGCAAUCAUAGAUUCUUGCAUUCGUGUCACAGACAAUGGGAGAGAGAGCAUUCAUCGAAAAGUAUUCUUCAUAUUUACUGUCUAUAACACUUCUAAUCACAAUGAUCAACUUAAGCUGGGAGCAAGCAGUCCUGAAGAAGCAGCAAGAUGGAUCCAUUCUAUUCAGGAGGCAGCUUUAAAGGGUGCUCAUAGCAUUGUUGGUUGUUCAAGGAGCAGUUGUCAGUCUUUUAGAUUGAGCGGUCCCAGUUGGGUAAAUCAUAAUAAACCAAUAGACUGGACUCAUUGUUCAUCCACCCACACUGAUUUAGUGACUGAUGUUAUUGCACCUUCACCGUGGACAAUCUUUGGUUGUCAGAAUGGUCUCCGUCUCUUUAAAGAAGCAAAAGAUAGGGAUUCUCAUGGAAAGUGGGACGAUCAUCCUGCAAUCAUGGCUGUGGGUGUGGUUGAUGGAACCUCAGAAGCCAUUUUUCAAACUCUCAUGUCUCUUGGUCCUUCAAGAUCCAAAUGGGAUUUUUGUUUCUACAAGGGUAGUGUGGUUGAGCACCUCGAUGGUCACAUGGACAUUAUUCACAAGGAAUUAUACAAUGAUUGGUUACCUUGGGGAAUGAAACGAAGAGAUUUUUUGUUGCGGCGUUACUGGAGAAGGGAAGAUGAUGGAACAUAUGUUAUUCUCUACCACUCUGUGUAUCACAAGAAGUGUCCACCCCAGAAAGGCUAUGUUCGUGCUUGCCUUAAAAGUGGAGGAUAUGUCAUAUCUCCUGUGAACCAUGAGAGACGAUCUGUUGUAAAGCACAUGCUUGCUGUUGACUGGAAAUCCUGGAAAUCAUAUCUUAGGACUUCUUCAGCCCGGUCCAUUACCAUUCGAAUGCUUGGGAGAGUUGCUGCAUUACGAGAGUUGUUCAAAGCAAAACUAGGGAAUUGUCCUUCCUCUGAUUUUUCUUCAGGAGAGUUGGUCGGGAAUAUGAGGUUGCAUCAGAUUGAAGGGGAUCAGAGGAUUGACGUUCAAACACCAACAAAUGAUGGGAUGGCUAAGGAAUGCAUGAAUGAAGAAGUGGAUAAGACUCCUUCAGAACAUGCUAGCUUAGUAGGCCUUAAUGAUCCUGCUGAUGAGUUUUUUGAUGUUCCAGAACCAUCAGAUUAUGAUCAAUUAGAAAAUGGUUGGAGUUCAGAUUUUGAUCCAGAAAUGUACUCUCAGGAUGCUCGGCAGCCAAAGUUAUCCACUGCUGCUGGUUUUGUGAAGAAACUGCAUGAACUUGCAGUUCAGAAGAGGGGCUACGUGGACUUGCAAGAGAUGGUGAGGGAAGACAGUAUUUCAUGCUGCUAUGGAACCACUCUUCUGAAAGACCCAACUUUUACUCUGCCUUCUAGUUGGGCAACGGCUGAUCCUUCUAGCUUUUUAAUUCGUGGAAAAAAUUACCUUGAAGACCAGAAGAAGUUUAAGGCCAAUGGCACUUUGAUGCAAAUGGUUGCUGCAGAUUGGCUAAGAUCUGACAAGCGAGAAGAUGAUCUUGCUGGCCGUCCUGGGAGCAUUGUUCAGAAAUAUGCAGCGCAAGGUGGACCAGAGUUCUUCUUCAUUGUAAAUAUUCAAGUCCCUGGUUCAACAACAUAUAGCCUUGCCCUGUACUAUAUGAUGAAUACACCUGUGGAAGAUGCACCCUUGUUGGAGAGCUUUAUAGAGGGGGACGAUGCAUAUAGAAAUUCAAGAUUUAAACUCAUACCAUAUAUAUCUAAGGGUUCCUGGAUAGUUAAGCAAAGUGUGGGAAAGAAAGCAUGCCUGAUUGGCCAAGCUCUUGAAAUGAAUUAUUUCCGUGGGAAGAACUACCUGGAGCUUGGAGUCGAUAUUGGGUCAUCAACAGUUGCAAGGGGCGUGGUCAGUCUUGUUCUUGGCUACCUCAGCAAUUUGAUUAUCGAAAUGGCAUUUUUGAUACAGGCAAAUACAGAUGAAGAGCUCCCAGAAUAUCUUCUUGGAACCUGUCGUCUCAACCAUCUGGAUGCCUCCAAAGCAGUUCUAUUGAAAUCAUGAUCAGGAUCAUGGAAUUGAAUAUAAGAAAAUGAAGAUGGCAUCUCAUGAAGUGCAUGUUUUGCCAAUUAACUUCACCAAAAUCAAUCUUUGAUUAAUUGAGCUUACUAUUGGCUUCAAUCCAUUGUUGCUGUUUAUCGGUAGAGUUGAUGGCUGCUUUUUAGUAACGAUGCUAUAUCAUGUUAGAGCUCAUUCUUUGAUAGUUAUAUGAUGUGCGUGUUUUUUGUCCCUUCAAAAAGAAAGAAAAAAGAUUUUUUCUGUAUAACCUUUGCUGGAAUCCCUGUAAAUUUCUUUGUAAUAUAGCUGGAUAAGUUAAUUUUC